GCUGGCUGCUAGUCUGGACGGCGAGUUUUGUGGCAGCGUUCUUCACCGUCCUGUACAGCCUGAGUUUCGGCCGUGCGAAGGCGGAGGCGUGGCUCUUCACGUUCCUGACAUCAUUCCUCACCGACCUGUUUCUCAUACAACCCUUCAAACUGAUGCUGGUGGCUGUGCUGUUUGCUUUGCUAGCAAAGAAACCAGUAGAAGAUGAAGACCCUGUCCCGGCUCCCCUGCAUCAGGAUGAAGAAUAUCUAGAGGAAAACACACAACAGACUCCAGAAAUGGCCCACUCCAGUUCACCACCAGAUGAAGCUAACCUGGCCAAACAACGGACUCAGAGUUUAGAACGCAGUAAGAGGCGGAAACAGGUCCUAGAAGUCUUAAUGUUUGGACUUUUCGUGACAGUGAUCAUGCUGACAUCAUACGACGAAAGGAGUCCCCUGGCUUUCCAUGUAACUAAGAAUGCGCAGCAGCUACUCUUGGAGAGCGGCGACAUUGGGUUUUCUGAGAUAAAAGACAUCCCAUCGUUCUGGACUUGGGUGACAACUGGGUUAAUUCCUGCCACACAUGCAGCUCAGUGGUACAACGGUAGGUACUCUAAGGAGGCUGCGAUUCUGGAGGACAUGUUAACUCAUCCACUGGGUACAGUACAACUUCGACAAGUGCGGCUGACUCCCGGGAAACAUUGUGAACCUCCCAAACAAAUAGCAAGCCUAAUGCCUCGCUGCACUGUGGCGUACUCCAUUGAUGUUUCGGAUACACGGAACUACACGGAAAACUGGAACAAAACUUCUAACAUCACAGACAAUCGUUUUCCUUACUUUGGAAAGCAGGGCACCUACUUGUCCGGUGGUUACGUAACGUCCCUGGGUAGUACACAGCAGACAAGUUUAACUCGCGCGGCUUACCUUCAGCAACAUGGGUGGUUAGACGAAAAGACCCGGGCUGUUUUCAUCGAACUCACCCUGUACAACCCGCACGUCAACCUGUUCUCUGUGGUUUCCAUAGCAACGGAGUUCACCAGUCUCGGGACGGUUUACAAGGGGUCAGAGGUCGUGACCUUGAGACUUAUCCAACGCGACGCCAUCUUACUUCUUGUUCUCAGAGGAUGCCUUGGAAUUUUUAUUAUCUUCUUCAUGAUUCGGGAGGGUAAGGCGCUUUUCUCUCGGCCUCUUGAGUACCUGUCGGAGUUCUGGAGUUGGGUUGAGCUUCUUGUCAUCGCAGUAGGCUUCUCUGCUCUUGGCGUCUACUUCCACACACAAAGCAUCAUCGACGACAUCGCGAUACAGCGAGCGGCCGGAAACGCAGGUUUUGACGGGUACAAGAGCGCAGUUGGCUGGUACCAG